UUACAGUGUAUAGCAUGCUUCCUUUUUUGUCGUAUUAGUAUCAUAUUCAUCUCAAUACCAAUUAAAGUUAAUGACUCAAUAAGUUGAAAUUCCCUGUCAGUAGCUGCCGUUAGACUGCUGGCAAGUGAAAUGUCUCAUGGAGAACUUGCAGUUCUUGAUAACAGGAUUGAAAAUCAGAUGUCAGGUGCUACAUUUGACGUUGGUGGAUCGGAAGAUGAAUAUCGACCAGACGUUCAAGAACAUACUAUGUGGAUAAAUCCAGAUCACGGAGCCCUUUUUACAAGAGUUGAUUCUGCGGAUUUAAUUUUCAAUCAAAGAAAACAAGCAAAAAUUUAUGGAAAAUAUUUAUUCGGUGAUAUGCUUGGUGAAGGAUCAUAUGGAAAAGUGAAAGAAGUCUUGGACACAGAAACUCUAUGUAGAAGGGCAGUGAAGAUCGUCAAGAAACGAAAGCUGAAAAGAAUUCCAAAUGGAGAAGCGAACGUAAAAAAGGAAAUAGAGCUCUUGCACAAACUACAUCACAAAAACGUUAUUGAACUUGUCGAAGUUAUGUACAACAAGGAAAAACAAAAGUUAUACAUGGUCAUGGAAUUCUGUGUUGCAAACGUACAAGAAAUGCUUGACAGCGCACCACAAAAGAAAUUCCCUGUCUGGCAAAGCCACAACUAUUUCUGUCAACUUAUCAUUGGUUUGAGUUAUUUGCACAGUCAGCAUAUUGUACAUAAAGAUAUCAAGCCUGGAAAUCUAUUGAUCGCAUGUGAUUCUACAUUAAAGAUAUCAGAUUUGGGAGUCGCAGAAGCCCUGAAUAUGUUCUCACAAGAUGAUAAGUGUCGUACUUCUCAAGGUUCUCCGGCAUUUCAACCUCCUGAAAUUGCAAACGGACACGAAUUUUUUCCUGGUUUUAAAGUCGAUAUAUGGUCAAGUGGUGUCACACUGUAUAAUUUUUGCACUGGAUUGUAUCCUUAUGAAGGCAACAACAUUUAUCAAUUGUUUGAAAAUAUAAGUAAAGGAUCGUACACAAUACCUGAUGAAUGCGAUGAACAUCUUCAAACAGUAUUGCAUGGGAUGUUAGAAUACGAUGCUUAUAAAAGAUUCGAUGUCAAUGAUAUUAUGGCAACGGAAUGGUUUCGAAGGAAACAUCCUCGAUUAAAACCUGCGAUUCCAGUUCCCGCUCAUGCUGAAAGUCAAGAUCCACACCGAGGAAUGACUGUUAUACCUUAUAUUGAGGAUCUCCAUGGUUACUUGAAUGACAAUGGAUCCAAUUGCUCCAUGCAGGAGUCUGAAGAUAUUUUUCAAACUGAUCUUGAUCUUCGUCAUCUCAGUAAUCAACUGUUACUGAAUGAUGAUCAGUUUUUAGAAGGUGCUUCUCAAAGUAACAAUGGAUCAGUGCAACACGAUCCCCAUUUUCAAGAUGAAAAUGAAACACAUUCCUCUGGGGUUGUAUUACGACAUCAUCACCAUCAAGGUGAUGUAUCUUCUCAGCACAAUCACAGUCGGGCAGAAUCUACAAAUGUACAUUCAAAUAGCGAACAUUCUGACCUUCCAGCGUCCAGUGCAUCCGGUGCCAAGAAAAAUAAAUCAGAAACAAACGAAAAAUGUUCUUCUAAAAGCGGGAGUCACAAUGCAGUCAAUGAAAAAACGCAUGGAAAAUCCAAUAAGCGAAUUAAGUCAAUGUGUAAUAUUACUUAAUAUGAUUUUUUAACAUAAUAUUUUAAAACAAUAGAAUGUAUCAACAUGAAAUUUCAAGUUAAUAUCGUUUUUGUGCGCUUCAAAAGUUUUGUUAACUUUGUACUUACUGAGUAUUUGUAUUCCAGUGUUUCCCAAACUGAAUAUCACAGCUAUGGAUGUGACCAACAACAGAUUUAUCGCUUAAAACAUAUUCCACACAAAAAAAGAUAAAAAGUUUUAUCUUGAUAAACUCAGUCAGUGUCGUUUUUUAAAUCUUAUUCAUCACAGUAUCAAAUAUGUUUUUGGGUCGUGCCAUAAAUUUUUGGGGAACCACUGUACUAGACAAUAUGUUAGUGAUUUCACCAACUUUCGACCAUUGUUUGGAAAAUUAUUUCUUUGUCUACUUGAGUAUUGCUAGUUCAAUAUUUAUUAUUCAUAUUUACAAUAAUGAAUACCAUUAUUAUUAUUGUUAUUAUUCAUAAUAACAAUAAAUUCCAGAUUUAUUAUUGUUAGGUAUUCCUGCCGGUAUAAUUCGGGUUUAGUUGAUCAAGUAUGUUAUCUCGACACGAUAAUAAGAUGAUUCCCACUAGCAACUUUACCUUCAUGUCACACUGCAGCAGUACCAAGGACGUUUUUGAAAUUUUCUCAAUUAGUAUCAAGUUACAUGAAUAUUAGUAGCAAUAAAACACCUAUAUUACGGCCACUUUGUAUGUACAUUUACUGUUUUGAUAUCAAGCCGUAGAACCAGACAUAUUCAUAUACAAAUGGUUUGAUAUUUUAGAAUUCUUGCAUUUAUGGAGUAAAACUUGACCUAACCACUUGACUAUCACUGCCGCUUGUUAUAGGGCCUUCGAAAGGUGUGAUUGGAGUUAGAUAAAAAUGUCUAUUAUUUUUUAUUAUCUCAAUCAAAACAUGUCUUGAAUAGCAUCAAUUCAAACAUUUUCUUUGGACUUACCUAUGUUCAAUAACAUCGUGGUGAUCAUAAAUCUGAAGUGGCACAAAGUGAAAAUACUGCCGGUACACAAUACUCUGUAACAUUUUUGUGGUGUUUUAAAAACGUGAAUUCUUUUUCAUUGUGUCAUGUUUUACUGCUUUUCUUUCCUGCUUACUUAUUUGUUCAUUGUAUUGCGCACUGUUAUCUGUAAUUGCGAAACUUUUUUAUGUUCCGUCUGUUAUUUUGUAAUUGUCGAACUGGGCAAGGUGUGCUUCCGUUUUUUGCUGGUAGACAUGGGAAUUUUUUUUUCAAAUGCUUUUUCCCAAAGGUAUUUUCAACGUGAAGAAUUAGGUACAAAAGAUUCAAUUCUCAAUUGCGUUUUUGAUCUGUUGAUGGCCACCUUCUGGGUCAAAAAACUGUUGGUUGGCCGCAGCUAUUCUGCAAAAUCCCCAACAUACAGCUGUGAAUAGCAAAUUAAAUACCGGUAAUUGGAAUAAAUUACCGUAUAACAUUUUGUGUGUACACUGUAAAGAUUAAUAAAGCAACUGCCUUUGCAGUAAUAGUUUUGUAUACUACCCUAGUCAAGAAUUGAGGUCAAUAGUCAAUUUUUAUGCCUUUUGGGGGUUCGCAUAUCCACUGCCCAUGACACAUCUAUCAGCAUAUUUGGAUUUCAAUAGCUUUGUACAAUGCUUACUAGGUUUAUAUCUUACAAUUCUAAACAGUUUCUUCUGUUUGUAAUGUGAAAAAACAAUUCAGUUCGGUCUCUAUAUAUUGUUUAAUAUAGUUUGAUGGGACUACUCUUAUGGGUGGGAAUAAAUAGCUUGAUAUUCAUGAAGUUCGAAGCACUUUUAAAUUAAAUAAUCAUGCAACAAAAUGGUGAUUUUUGUUAUCAUUUGACGAAAUUUGCAGAUUAUUGCUAAAUUGGACGCUGAUUUCUUUUUGGCGAAACUGCAUUUUUGUUGGUGCGUCUUUCGGAUGAAGACAAUUAUAUGAGUCAUAAUAUUUCGGUCUGGGAGUCAUGCUACUCACUGGUACUAUUUGCUUCCACGCCAUGAAAAAUAUUAUUAGUCUGUAAGUAGGUUGAAAUUGUAAUUGUUGGAAAUGUUUUGCUUCUAUUUUUAGCACUUUACUGCUUCAUUUUCAAAUACAACAUUGAUACAAAUGAU